UCAGGCCUACCCUUAAACCCUCAACCUUUCCCUCUCUGCCAUUUGCCACUGAAGAGCAGCAACUUAACCCUUUUACUUUACUUAAUGCAUCUCCAAUAAAUAAUACAACUCCCUUCAUCAACCCAUUUCCAAUUUUUCUCACACAAUGACAAUCCAUUCAGUAGUAAUCCAAAAACUCCUAAGCACAAACGCCCACUUAGGUCGUCGUGUAGCAGCACACCAUUUCAAAAUCUACUCAUGUGGUUCUCGUAACGCAAUGACAAUCAUUGACUCCGACAAAACAUUAAUCUGUCUCCGUAACGCUUGUUCUUUUAUUGGUGAACUCGUUCGCCAUAGAGCCCGCUUCAUUUUCGUCAAUACCAACACCCUUUUCGACGAAAUUAUCGAUCAAAUGACAAAAACAAUUGGUUGUAGAAACGAUACUUCUUGGCGUCUUGGAGGCUUUUUAACAAACAGUUCGAGUCCAAGAAAGUUUAGGGGUAGGAAUAAGAAGUUGAAUCUUACUGCUAUACAACCACCUGAUUGUGUUGUGAUUUUCGAUACGGAGAGGAAGAGUUCGGUUAUUCAAGAAGCUGCUAAGUUGCAAAUACCCAUUGUGGGACUCGUCGAUUCGAGUAUGCCUUGGGAUAUGUAUAAGAAGAUUACUUAUCCUAUCCCUGCGAAUGAUUCGGUGCAGUUUGUGUAUUUGUUUUGUAAUUUGAUUACAAAGACUUUCCUUUACGAGCAGAGAAGGUUGAAUGCUGCUUUGGGAGCUUCUGCUAUUGCAAAGCCCGAAAUUAGAGAGGAAGCUGAGCAAUUUGACAAAAUCAAGACAGCUGGCAAGGAUAAAGUUUAUGUUUUGCCUUAUGAAAGACUAGAACCUGCUUCUGAGGAUCUUACAGAGACUAAGCAGCUAUUGGACAAACUUGUCGUGUUAAAGUUUAAUGGUAAUUUGGGAUCAGAUAUGGGUUUCAGUGGACCAAAAUCUGCCCUUGAAGUAUGCCAUGGAUUUACUUGUCUAGAUUUGGUCGUCAAUCAUAUUGAGUCCAUCAACUCAAAAUAUGGUUGCAAUAUUCCAUUGCUUAUGAUGAAUACUCCUAGUACACACGAUGGCAUCCUGAAGGUUUUGGAGAAGCACCCGAAUAAGAAUAUCCACACUUUCAUUCAGAGCCAACGUCAACAAGAAAAUAUUGAAGAUAUGCCAGAGUCAAGGACCCUUGAUAAAUCAAGCGCACAGGACAAACUCUAUCCGUCCAACGUGCUGGAGGUUUUCCAUUCUUUGAACAGCAGUGGAAAAUUUGAACCUCUAAUUUCUCAGGGUAAGGAGUAUUUCCUAUUGCUGCAGUCAGAAAACCUUGCUGAAGUUGUUGAUCCAAAAAUCCUGAAUCAUUUGAUUAAGAACAGCAUAGAACAUUGCGUCGAGGUGAUGCCUACCACCUCUGGAAUGGAAGAGACAAGUCUUCCCCCUCAAGAAGGAAGGAUUCAGUCAAAGGAGAGUGUCAAAUCAAUCAAUACAAUGUGGAUGAGUAUGAACUGCGUUGAGAGGCUACUACAAAGAAGUGAUCUGGGUUUUGCCAGUUCAAAGUUUUUCGAUCGAGCAUUUGCUAUUGAUAGUCCAUGGUCAAGAUACCUUCCAGUUGAGAGAACAUCAGAUUUGCUCAUUUUGCAGUCAGAUCUUUACACCUCAGCUGAAGGCACUGUUGUGAGAAAUGCGGCAAGAGCAAAUCCCAAGGAUCCUUCUAUUGAAUUGGGACCCGAGUUUGGAACUGUUGAUGAUUUUCGUAGUCGUUUCAAGUCAAUUCCAAGCAUUAUAGAACUUGAUAGCUUGAAGGUGACUGGGGAUGUUUGGUUUGGAACUGGCAUAACUCUAAAGGGGAAAGUCAGUAUUGCUGCAAAACCAGGCAUGAAAAUAGUUAUCCCUGAUGGAGUGGAGCUUAAAAAUAGGCUUAUUACCAGCCAGGCAGACAUCGGAGCAAGUUCCUUGUAGACAGGAUCCUAGAUAGUCUGCAAUAUGAUGUAUAUCUUAAUUCGAAGAGGUAUUUAUCAUCAUUAAAGAUGAUUGCUAGCCUGAAGAAUUUGAAGGGAAGUCCCUGUGACCUGCAUUGGAUGUUUAUGAAAAAUGAUAGCCAUCAGAAUUUUGUUGUAAUAAAAAGGUUGUUUUUCAAGUGUUCCUAGAUUCAGAUUCUUUCAGAAGGAAAGUAGAGAUAGUGAAGAGCAAAAGAAACCAUCAUAAAAUGUGUCAUCGAUUAUUAUUGACAAUUGAUCGACCUUUUGCAGUGCGAAAAUUAGAAUUACGAAAAGCUCAUGGAAAUGUGAGAAUUGUUGCUUUA